AUGAGACAAUCUCUGCUUCGAAAUGCUUCUCUCUUCACUCGCAAUCUUCUUCACCACCACUCUUCCUCCACCGCCGCACUCGCCGUUUCAUCUCCCUCCCGAUUCAGACUCUUCUCCUCCGAUGAAAAACCCUCUCCACCUCCCUCCAUCAAAGACACCGCCCCCGUCGAAAUCGAAGACGUCGACAACAAAGAGCUGAAGUCGCGGAUUGAUAAAUACCUAAAAGGCGACGAGCAGAUGCUUCCUUCGAUCAUGGAGGCGGUUAUGCAGAGGAAGUUAUCAGGGAAGCACGAGGAUACUGAUGAUGAGUUGAUGGAAGAACUCAGCAUGAAACCUAUUGACGAUGUGGAUGAUCAGGAUUUUGAAUCUGAUUUUGAGGAUUUACAUGAAACUGAUGAGGAGAUUGAUGAUUUGUAUAAUGCUAGAGAUGUUGUCAUGAAGAGAAUGGUUAAAGAUCAGUACUUUAAUAUGGAUGACAAGAAAUGGGAUGACAUUGUUGAGGAUGGUGUUAAGCAUGGUUUUCUUAUGGAUGCUAAGGAGUGUGAGGAGAUUCUUGAAGAUAUGCUUAGCUGGGACAAACUUCUCCCAGAUGAGAUAAAACAGAAGGUGGAAACAAAAUUUAAUGAGCUCGGGGAAAUGUGUGAAAGAGGGGAACUUGAACCUGAAGCUGCUUAUGAACAGUUUAAGAAGUUUGAGGAUGAGCUUGUGAUGGAAUAUCUGAAUACAGCAGAAAAAGAAGCGGCCAUGCAGUCUGUUGAUACUUCUGUGCCAGACAAGAAGAAGGAUUCUGAUGAUCCACCUGGCGAAGGCCCCAUUCUCCGGUGGCAAACUCGAGUAGUAUUUGCCCCUGGCGGUGAUGCAUGGCAUCCCAAAAACAGGAAAGUGAAACUAUCUGUAACGGUGAAGGAGCUUGGACUUUCAAAAUACCAAUUUCGCCGUCUUAGAGAAUUAGUUGGAAAGCGUUAUCAUCCCGGGAAAGAUGAGCUUACAAUUACUAGUGAGAGGUUUGAGCAUCGUGAAGAAAACAGAAAGGACUGCCUGAGGACUCUUCUCUCACUCAUUGAAGAAGCUGGAAAAGCUAAUAAAUUAGUAGAUGAUGCUCGGACUUCAUAUGUGAAAGAGAGACUCCGAGGCAAUCCAGCUUUCAUGGAGAGGCUGCAUGCUAAGUCCCUGAGAUUGAGAGAAUCCAAUCAAGUUCCUGCUUGA